CGGCCCCGCCCGCGGCUGCUGCCUUCCGGCUGCGCGGAUUCUGCCCCACGCGCGCUCCCGGCUGGCCAUGGCUCCGCUGCGCUUCUCGGCCAACCUGUCGUGGCUGUUCCCCGAGCUCCCCAGCCUCGCCGCACGGCUCCGGGCCGCGGGCAGUUCGGGUUUCGAGGCGGCCGAGGUCGGCUGGCCGUACGGGGAGCCCCCGGAGGCGCUGGCGCGCACGGCGCAGGAAGUGGGGCUACAGCUCGUGCUGAUCAACACGCCCCCUGGAGACCGAGAGAAAGGGGAGAUGGGGCUGGGGGCCGUUCCCGGGAGGCAGGCGGCCUUCCGAGAUGGGCUGGAGCAAGCUGUGCUGUACGCCAAGGCUCUGGGCUGUCCCAGGAUUCACCUGAUGGCUGGCCGAGUGCCCCAGGGGGCUGAUCGAGCAGCAGUCAGGGGUGAAAUGGACACAGUUUUUCUGGAGAACCUGAGGCACGCAGCUGGGGUUCUGGCUCAGGAGAACCUUGUGGGGCUGCUGGAGCCCAUCAACACCCGCAUCACGGACCCCCGGUACUUCCUGGAUACGCCCCAGCAGGCGGCAGCCAUCUUAGAGAAAGUUGGAAGACCCAACCUCCAGUUACAGAUGGACAUAUUCCACUGGCAGAUCAUGGACGGGAACCUGACAGGGAACAUCCGGAAGUUCCUGCCCCUCGUUGGGCACGUGCAGGUGGCACAGGUCCCAGGCCGAGGGGAACCCGGCAGCCCUGGAGAGCUGAACUUCCCCUAUCUGUUCCAACUGCUGGAAGAUGAAGGCUACAAAGGCUUUGUGGGCUGCGAGUACCAGCCUCGAGGAGACACGGUAGAGGGCUUGAGUUGGCUACGUUCGUACUGGGAUAAGCGGGGCCGCCCACAGGCUGGCCAGUGAGGUCCUGCGCUCCAGCCACACACCUCUGGGAUGGGAGCUGCACAUCCCGAGUCUCCUCUGAAUUAAAGACAAUCUGCUGAAGGUU